AUGUAUUUUGGGUGCAAGCUCUUUCGAGUGUGGAAAAGUGUAUGCAAUACCCCUUCCGGGCUUAUUGAUAUUGCAGCACUGACUGAGUGGAUAAAACACAAAAACAGGGUGACUCCUUGGGGCAGUGAAUCGCACCGACGGAGCCGAGGCGUGUGCGUGGGACUCUAUGUGCACGGCUCCACGAUCUUCGGGAAUCAUCGGCCGAAAGACCUCGACCUCAUUGCGGUGGUGGAGGAGCCAAAGCAGGUCAUUGCCGAGGAUAGCCCUGACUCCCAAUUCCUCCUGGGACGCUGCGAGGUCUCAGUGUAUGCGAAGUCGUGCUUUCUGGAAAAGCUGGAGAACAUGGAUUUGACCAUGCUCACCUGCCUGAACACUCCUUCUCGCUUUGUCCUAAAGGAGUUGGAGGAUCUCCUCGAAUGGCUCGUGAUCCUGCAGGACGAGCGGCUGCGGAACUUCAAGGUGGAUCUGGAACGCUUGGAGGCCUCGGUGAUCUCCUAUGCGGUCUUCACCUGGCAGAAGUUCCAGCGGGUCUUGGAUGAGUGGAAGGAUCCCUACAAGUCCAGCAAGAACGCCUACUUCGUGUUCCGCGUGUUGACCUUGGGCGAACAGCUGGCAACCUAUGGCCGAAUUGUGGAUCUCAAGGCGUCCAACCACCUUUGGGAGGACAUCAAAGAGGCUGGACCAGCCGAAGGAUGGAGGGCCGAGGACACCAAUGUGGUGGAAGCUUUGCUGGCGCACCACUUCGCUGAAUCUCUCCGCAGCUUCCGUGCCGCCCUGGCCGCCGCGCAGCAUGCGCAGCGUGACGAAGCGGCCGAGGACGCCGCGGAGGGUGCGAAGCCCAUCGUGGAGACCUGCGCGGCGACUGGGACACACGUGUUUCGAGAGAAUGCGUGA